AUGUGGAACGAAGGUCCCAUUUACAAGGGAGUUUAUUGUCCGACAUUAUCAAAUAAUUUUCAAGAAUCUCAUUUUGAAUUGGCGUACCAAAGGUAUUCGCACAGGCAAAGGCAAAACGCUUUGAUAUUAGUUAAUUUAGUCGAUAUUGCAAUCAAAUUAAUUUUAUUAGGUGAGAAACAAACGCACACGCACACACGCACAAAGUGCGUACAAGCCAUAACUUGGACGAUUUUUUCCCUUUUUGCAAAUGUCAUCGUUUGCUUUCUAGGAUGGUGGCGAUGUUUUGCCAAUAAUUAUUUGCAAUGGGCUGCACUUUUGACGUGGAUUCUUUUAAAUAUCGAAGGAUGUCUUGCCAACGGUUUAGGUUUAAGAGCAAACAAUUAUUUGGUUUGGUACGUUCUUUUUAUAAUAUUCGUUACCUAUGCUAUGCUUCCGCUACAAUUGAGAUGGUGCAUACUUGCUGGAGUUUUCACAUCUUUACUCCAUACUUUUUUGAUUGCUCUUUACGUUAAUCCCGUACGUGAAAAUCGUAUAUUGUCUCAAGUUCUUGCAAAUAUUUGUACUUAUUGGGCUAUUAAUUUUGCUGGUAUGUAUACAAAAUAUUUAACGGAUAGAAGUCAAAGGAAAGCAUUCAUCGAAACGUAUAAAUCAAUGGAAACGCGAUAUAAAACUCAACAAGAAAAUAACAAGCAAGAAAAAUUAUUACUUUCAGUUUUGCCAGAUUUUGUUGCCAAAGAAAUGAUUAAAGAUAUAGCCAAAGAAGAAGAAAAAGGUGAUUUCAUACCGAGUCAAUUUCAUAAAAUAUACAUACAUAGAUAUGAAAAUGUUAGCAUACUUUUUGCCGAUAUAAAAGGUUUUACUGCUCUCGCAUCGACUUGCAGUGCACAAGAAUUAGUACGAAUAUUAAAUGAUUUAUUUGCACGAUUUGAUCACAUCGCCCAUCUCACUCAUUGUUUAAGAAUAAAACUUUUGGGAGAUUGUUAUUAUUGCGUUUCGGGACUUCCGAGAGCGAGAACGGAUCAUGCAAUUUGUUGCGUAGAAAUGGGUCUACAAAUGAUCGAAGCCAUUAAAAUAGUAAAUCAAAAUGCUCAAGUUAAUUUAAACAUGAGAAUAGGAGUUCAUUCCGGUUCGGUUCUUUGCGGUGUUUUAGGACUUAGAAAAUGGCAAUUUGAUGUUUGGUCACACGAUGUUACUCUGGCUAAUAAAAUGGAAGCAGGAGGACUUCCGGGACGAGUACACAUUUCGAAAUCGACUUUAAAUUGUUUAAACGACGUCUACGAAGUUGAACCAGGUAAUGGAGGAUCACGUGAUAAUUAUUUAAAGGAGCACAACGUGGAAACGUUUUUCAUAAAACAAACUCAUCAACCGAGUUCUUGUAAACAAUUAUUUGAAAAAUUUUUACGACCCAGACUUUGGUCUGAAGAUGAAAAAAUUAGUACAAAUUUUAAAAGGAAAUAUAAUAAUCAAUAUAAUGGAUGCCGGAAAUACCAUUUGAAAAUGUUUUUAUCGACUUCUUCCGAUGAAAAUGACGAAAUUGAAGAAAUCGAAGACGCAGGUUCUGAAAAACAAAAAGCUAAUAACGUACCUUUAUCCGAACAAUUGGAUGAAAUAAUUGACCAAAGUAUUGAAAUAGCAUCAAAUAAAAAAAUGAAAAGUGCUAAUAUAAGCGUUUGGAGUCUUAAAUUUAAAGAUUUUGCUCAAACAAAAGAAGACAUGUUUAAAUCGAAUAUGCUUUGCUGUUUUAUUAUUUGGAUAUUUGUUAUUAUUCUUCAACUUAUAAUCGUUCAAAACAUAAAUUUAUUAUUUGUAUUGACGUUGAGCCUCGGAAGUGGCAUCCUCACAUUUUCCAUGGUCCUUGUAAUAUCUGACGAAUUUUCAACAUUUCCGAAAAUUCUACAAAAAAUGUCGACUUCGUUAGUCGAACAUAAAGAUAGAAGAACGGCAUUCACGUGUUUUAUAAUUUUAGUCAUGGCUGCAUCAUCAUCGGUUACACUCACGGCAUUUUCUCAAAAAUCUAAAAACGUAACUGAAUCAAAUUCAUUUCUAACAUCGAACGUAGUCAAAGUGAUUGAACCUAGCGAAUCGAUUCUCCUACCUGGAAAUCGUAGCAAUACCAUAAUUAAUAUUAAUGUCAUUGCCAUCAUUGAGAAAAAUCAAGAGGAAAAUUACGAUCUUGAGGUAAACGAGUUUUACACGGAUUCAAAAGAAUGGCAGAGAAGAAAAUCUCAAUAUUUAGUUUUUUCAUGGGUUUUAUGUCUCAUAGCUCUUGCGACGUUUUUAAAACUUAAUUUCAUUGUGAAAACCAUUUUGUCUGUGAUACUCGUGACCGGUUUUUCCGUUCUCAUAAUUUUUUUCGAAAUAUUUUGCUCAGAAUCGAACAGUGAUAAAUUUCAAGCUUGGGAAAUGUUUAUACUUUUGUGCGUGUUUCUCGUCGUCGUCAAUUAUCACGGUCGUCUCGUCGACAUAACGUCCAGAUUGGAUUUUCUAUGGAAACAAGUUGCGGAAAGAGAAUUGCAAGACAUGACCGAAACGAGGCAAAAUAAUUCUCAACUAUUGAGAAAUAUUCUUCCCGAUCACGUGGCAAAUCAUUUUUUAACGAACGAAAGAAGAGCCGAGGAACUUUAUUCUCAGCAAAGGGAUAACGUGGGCGUCAUGUUUGCCAGCAUUCCUAAUUUUACAGAAUUUUAUUCUGAAGAUGUGAACAGAGGAGUUGAAUGUAUUAGAUUGCUGAAUGAAAUAAUUGCUGAUUUCGAUGAACUUCUAGACGAAUCCCGUUUUUCAUGCAUAGAAAAAAUCAAAACCGUCGGUGCUUGUUACAUGGCCGCCAGCGGAUUAAAUCCAACGGAUAAGGCAAACGUAUCCACCGAACACAUAUGCGCUCUUGUAAAUUUUGCUUUUUCCAUGAAAGAAAGAUUAGAAGAUGUGAACAAACAUUCGUACAAUCAAUUUCAUUUACGCGUCGGUAUAAGUUCCGGUCCUUUGGUCGGAGGAGUAAUCGGUGCGAGAAAACCUGUAUACGAUAUUUGGGGAAACACGGUCAAUGAAGCUUCCAGAAUGGAUUCGACUGGACAAAUGGGAAAAAUACAAGUAACAAAAGAAGUUGCUUCGGUUCUUCAAAAAAAAGGUUUUCACGUUGAAAGGCGUGGAAUAGUCGAGGUUAAAGGUAAAGGACAAAUGGAAACUUAUUUCGUAUUGGGUAAAAAAUGUGAUGGGAGUGCAAUAUUUGUACGACAACCGAGUCAAAAUAGUUCUUUGGCAGCUGUGGUGUACACGAUGGUACAAGCGAGAAGAAAACAAACGAUAAGAAAAACGGAAAAUGCUCAGACGAACAUGAAAAUGAAUCGUACGAAAUCACAAGAGAAAAAAAUGAAUUGCAUGAAUAAUAAAGAACCGAUAAGAAAUCAGCGUUUUAGCAGCGUUAGACUAUCGAAUAGAGACGUGUCACAAGAACACAGGCGUAACACGACAAGAGCAACAAUAUUCUUCGGCACCACAAACUCCGGUCACGGGAGAAAAUUUUCAAAAUUCACUGACUAA